UUGUUAAAAUAAUUUAAAAAAAUAAUAAUAAAGGAAUGAAAUGAAGCAUGUGUAACACAUCAGGGUUGCCUUUUUUUUCUUCCCAACCAGGAAGUGGGGAACUGGAAUCAGUAAACCAGUAACCAGUUUAACGCGCGCAGUCCUUUCAUCCACAUCGUGUGUGCUUCCUUAUACAGUCUUCGGUAUUAUUAAUUCUUAUAUUAGGAAUUUUUCCACUGGAAGUUUGAAAAAAAUAUAACUUACCGACUUUAUGAUGAUAAAAAAAAUAAAUUUUCUAAUAUUACUUUUUAAAAGUAAGUUUUGAGUGAUAUAAUAUUAGUGAGUUUUAUUUAAAUUAAGUGCACAAUGACGUUCAGGUGGAUCCAGGUGAUACAAUUGGUGCUGGUGACUUCAGUUUUUGCCUUUGAGACAAGUGAAGAAUACUUACGCAAAGCGAUGCAUGAGCUUCAAGGAAUACAGGCUCCGCUCUAUACUAAUUACCCCUUUUUUGCGGGGAAAAGGUACUCAAGGACUGCUAAUAUCUUGCAAGUGCAACAGGAUACAAAGCCGGGGUACCCGCCUAAGAAAAGUGAGCCUGAAGUUAGUCAAUAUUAUUCUCAGAUGCCACUGCCUAUGCCGGUUGUAGUUUCGGACCAAACUAACAUGCCUGAAUUACCUCUCGGUUUCACUAAAAAUGAAUUAGCGAUGAUGUACAAUCAGGCACUGCAAUCCGGUAACGCGAUAAAUUUGCCGGGGUUGAAAAACUCAUUGGAGUCUGGACAAAUUCCUACUAUCGUUGGUAAUCAUCUUCAUAUUCCUGACAGUAGUCAGCAGCAACAGCAGUUUGCAUAUUAUUUUUAUCCGCUAAGAUCAUUCAUGGACACUCUUCAAAGUAAUAAUGGAUAUAAAACAAUAAAUGAUUUAACACCACAGCAGUCAGUUCAAGAAUCCCAAAAACAAAUCAUAAUAAACCCUUUGUUUAUGGCAAUAAGCAGCUUCGUCGGGAUGGCCUUAGUGUUUAUGUUUGGAGUGAUUGUUUUACCUAGAAUACUUGGAGAGUUCAGGUCUCGGGUAGUCCAUGAUGAGCUCCUGAAUCUCACAACAAAUGUCAACGCAGCUAUUGAUAAGUACGAGCUCACAACAACGAGGCCGAAGACACCAUUCGAAGAAGCUAUGGUGGGAAUCAAAACUAGACCGGUGCAACGCGUCAAGCGAAAAAAAAUUCAGCGUAAUAGGACUGUAAUAUAAAUAACAUGUAUGUUUACCUGAUUGAGGUUCAUACAUUUGACAUACAAAUAAUUAUUAUUUAUUUAUUAGAUAAAUUUUAGCUUAAUUUAUCGUGAUACUUAAAAUCAGCAGACAUACUCUAUCUUUAGAUACAUAAUU